AUAAUUUCCGCGUCCCCUCCUUUUCCUUAUUCUUCGACUAGUCAAGCCGUUUGACAUAGCGACCUUAUCUCGCGCUGCAACGCGGCAAAGCGCCGCGCGCCACCCGCCUCGUCGCGGCUCGGCUCCGGCUCCAGCGCUAGGUGUCGUUUGAACUGUCGUCCUGACGGAGCGCGCGCGCGUGAAGUCGACUCCGCGGCUGUGCCGCGUUAACCGGCGCUCCUUCGUCCCCGGCCUCUGUCACUGCUUCCUCCAUACUGCCCGACAUGCGUCUCAGUUUUACUCCCUGGGCGCAUACUUUUUUUUAAAUAGGACAAAGCCGAGGGGUUAAUGCGUUGGAAGACGCUGUUCGGUACUUGAAAAUGCCAGUGAGACGAGGACAUGUAGCCCUGCAGAACACGUACCUGGACACGAUCAUCAGGAAAUUCGAUGGACAAAACCGCAAGUUUCUCAUCGCCAAUGCACAGAUGAAGAACUGUUCCAUCAUCUAUUGCAAUGAGGGCUUCUGCCAGAUGUUUGGUUUCUCGCGAGCAGAGAUCAUGCAACAACCAUGCACCUGCCAGUUCUUGGUGGGGCCAGGAACCAUGAAAAGUGCCUUGGCCCAGAUAGGACAAGCACUUUUGGGUUCUGAGGAACGCAAAGUGGAGAUCCUGUACUAUGCCAAAGAAGGGACCUGUCUGCCCUGCCUGGUCGAUGUGGUACCAGUGAAGAAUGAGGAUGGAGCCGUCAUCAUGUUCAUCCUCAACUUUCAGGAGUUGUUGGACACGUCACCCAAAAAGGGCGGGCUUCGUCAGAGAAUGGCACAGGGCUGGAUCAAGGCUGGUCAAAGUCGCAGACUAAGGCUGAAGUUGCCAUCUCUACGGUCCAUUGCCCUGCACCGACCAUCCCUCACAAAGGAUCAGUUUGAAGGUGUGGUUGUGGACUAUCUGCAGCCCAGCAGCGAAGAGGUACCCCUCAAGGAGUUCCGUAUCCCAUCCAAAGAGAGCUGCGUACAGUCAGAAACAGAGGCCCUGAUUGAGCAGGACCAUAAUGCAGACCUGGUCGGCAGCACCUCCCCCUGUCACCUCCUGGACCCAAAUGGCUCUUUCCCAGAGGGAGGGUUGCUCCGUAGCCGAUCCCGUGAAAGUGUGCAAAGCCUCCGCCGAGCCUCCUCACUCGAUGACAUUGAAGGGAUGCGGGCGGACUGGGGUGGCCGAAGCAGAAACUCCAUCUCUAAUAGUAACCUGAAACCCAGCAUGCUCAAUUCCACCUCAGACUCAGACCUGAUGAAGUACAGGACCGUUACCAAGAUUCCGCAGGUCACACUCAACUUUGCCCAUGACCGACUGCGGCCCCCCUCACCGACCGAGAUCGAGAUCAUUGCACCCAGCAAGGUGAAAGACCGCACGCAGAAUGUCACAGAGAAAGUCACACAGGUGUUGUCCCUGGGGGCAGAUGUGCUACCUGAAUACAAGCUGCAGGCCCCACGCAUCCACAGGUGGACUAUCCUGCACUACAGUCCUUUCAAGGCAGUGUGGGACUGGGUCAUCCUGUUGCUGGUCAUCUACACUGCUGUGUUUACGCCCUACUCAGCAGCCUUUCUGCUCAACGAACAGGAGGAUGAGCGCCGGCGCACCUGUGGCUAUACCUGCAAUCCACUCAACGUAGUUGACUUGGUCGUGGACGUCAUGUUCAUUGUGGACAUCCUCAUCAACUUCCGAACCACUUAUGUCAACCACAAUGAUGAGGUUGUCAGUCACCCAGCUCGUAUUGCUCAGCACUACUUCAAGGGCUGGUUCCUCAUUGACAUAGUAGCUGCCAUCCCAUUUGACCUGCUCAUCUUCCGCUCUGGCUCUGAUGAGCCCCAGACGACAACUCUGAUUGGCCUUCUGAAGACAGCUCGGCUACUGCGAUUGGUGCGUGUGGCACGUAAGCUGGACCGCUAUUCGGAGUAUGGUGCAGCGGUGCUCUUCCUACUGAUGUGCACUUUUGCCCUCAUCGCUCAUUGGCUGGCCUGCAUCUGGUACGCCAUCGGCAAUGUUGAGCGCCAUGGCUCAGCGCGAGUUGGAGGCAUGAAGAUUGGUUGGCUGGACAACCUGGCUGACCAGAUUGGCAAGCACUAUAAUGACAGUAACAGUGCCUCAGGCCCUUCGAUCAAAGACAAGUACGUCACUGCUCUUUACUUCACCUUCAGCAGCCUGACCAGUGUGGGCUUUGGCAACGUAUCGCCCAACACCAAUCCAGAGAAGAUCUUCUCCAUUUGCGUCAUGCUCAUUGGAUCUCUGAUGUACGCCAGUAUCUUCGGCAAUGUAUCCGCUAUCAUCCAGCGACUGUAUUCAGGAACAGCCCGCUACCACACCCAAAUGCUGCGUGUCAAGGAGUUCAUCCGCUUCCAUCAGAUCCCCGGGGGCCUGCGACAGCGGCUGGAGGAGUACUUUCAGCACGCCUGGUCCUACACCAAUGGCAUCGACAUGAAUGCUGUCCUGAAGGGCUUCCCUGAGUGCUUACAGGCAGACAUUUGCCUGCACCUGAACCGCAACUUGCUGCAGCACUGCAAGGCCUUCCGAGGAGCCAGCAAGGGCUGCCUGCGAGCACUUGCCAUGCGUUUCAAGACUACCCAUGCCCCGCCUGGGGACACUCUUGUGCACUUUGGUGAUGUGCUCACUGCCCUCUACUUCAUUUCACGUGGCUCCAUUGAGAUCCUCCGUGAUGAUGUGGUAGUAGCUAUUCUAGGUAAGAAUGACAUUUUUGGGGAGCCCAUCAGCCUAUAUGCUCGACCUGGGAAGUCCAACGCAGAUGUGCGCGCGCUGACCUACUGCGAUCUGCACAAGAUUCAGAGGGACGACCUGCUGGAGGUACUGGACAUGUACCCCGACUUCUCUGACAACUUCUGGAGCAACCUCGAGAUCACUUUCAACCUGCGAGAUGCAGAUCGCAUUAUGCAGCCCAUCCCAAGCGAAGACUCCGACUGUGGAUACCGUCGGCCACGACGCCGCAGGAAUUCCUUGCACCGCCGUAACCGGCCCGAUGGAAUGGAUCGAGAGGACUCCUGCCCCGAUCCGUCCUGCCCUUCCCUGGGCAACCACCGGGCCUCUGUGCCCCGCCCACGGUGGGAGGAGUUUUGCAGCAGUGGAAGUCCCUGCUCCCAGUCCAGCGAAGAUGAGAUGAAAACCCCAGGCCACAGCAAGGGUGAGCUCUACCCCCCUGGAGGUGACAGCCGGGACUACCCCCCUACUGUGGUCAGCCUGCUGCCCCCUGGUGCAGCAACAGCUGGCAUGGGUGGCCCCCUGGACAGAGGACACUCAUACACAGCAGCACCUCUCAAUGUAGCUGGUCUCUACGGCUACUGGCCUGACCGGCGCUCAUCCUCCGCGAGGGCCACCUACCACCCACCCCCAUGCACCGAGGAGCGGCCCAGUGAGCUUGAGUCCCGCCUGGAGAUACUGCAGUCCCAGCUCAACAGACUGGAAACUCGAAUGACAGCCGACAUCAACGUGAUAUUGCAACUGCUCCAGAGGCAGCUGGCCCCGGUCCCACCUGCCUACAGUGCUGUAUCACCCAGCACCCAUCCCCCACACCCAUCCACCCUGUACAGCGGCGGAGGCCAAGUGCUGCACACUGUGGCCCCGGUCCCCCCUGUGCAAAUCGACAGUCUGGCCUCGCCUCUGCAGAGUCCCGACUCGGACAAGUUCCACGACAAGUCACGGGAGUCUCUGUCCAGCGGGGUUAACCUGACUGCUGCCUCAGACGACACCAUGUCCAUGUCCCCCGAGACCGAGCCGGCCCCAUCAAUUUGCCUGCCCCUAUCCACAACUUCACCUCCUGCCCCCACAGACUCUCCUCGACUGUGCGGCAGCCUGCGCUUCCCUUCGCUUCCCGAGAACUUGGAGACCUCCGCUGAGCUGGCUGAGAUCCAGAGGCACAUCUCAGACCCCGUGCUUCCAGGAAGUUAGAGCCUCAGGCUCAGAGCGCGACCCCUCACAGUCCCCUGCCCACAAUCUCCACCUGGACACUUUUAGGAUGGAGACAGUGAGUCAACAGCUUGCCUCCCAUGUCCCCAUUUCUCAGGAAAGCCCUGCCCUCCCCUCCCCAAAAGAGAUUACACACAAUAGUUGAGUGUAUCCCUCUGUCCAUCACUUUGGAACUCACUGUAGCUGGACAUUUUAGCUCCUUUCUUCAAUCAGCUUCACAGUGAGACCCCCCUGCCUGCCAAUCCGCCCUUCAAUGUGGAGGACAGUACUUUCCUCCCAGGCAAACCGUUUGCGUGUAAGUUUUCCUUGGUCAGAGCCUCGGCAGUAAGCGUUGGCUCUGAAGCCAUCUUUGUCCGUGUGAAUGGUGUUGGUUAACAACCAGGAGACGGCGCAUCUGCUCUGCUGGGUCUGAAUGUCAGGGGUUCUGUUCUGGAGCACACAGUUCUGGGAAGCACUUGCUAAACCCUCACAGAUUAACCCAGAUUGCAACUGGAGCUCUGUGAGUCUGUUCAAAUGUAUCUGUGUAUAUACAUUGUGUAUAUUCUGUACACAGACAGUAGUUUUUAAAUGUGAAUAAUGGUCAUUUACAAAACACCUCCUCUACAUAAUUAAAUUGAAGUUAAAAGAUCUGGAAUUUAAAUAGAUCCAAGGCACUGAUUCAGUUGGUCAUGGACUUGUGAAGAGGACAGGAGAAUUUUGAGGCUCUUAUGCAGGCACACAGAAUCAAAGCAGCAGUUCUGUCAUUAUCCGUUAAAAAAAAGACACCAAAAUGGAGAGAUCAUGCACAGCACAAGAGUGGUUGUCCAAGAGCCCUCAUUGUUAAUCACAGGAAACGAGACAAGGCAUCCCGUCACACUCUUGGUACUAAACAGCACCACUCUUUUUAAAUUGUACCAGUUGGCAGGUGAAUGUAACACAACAUUAAGCAUUGUUGUUCUUGUGCUUUAUGAAACUUUCACUUAAAAUCUCAAGGAAUUUUUUUGUUUAUAGAUUAUUUAUAACACUUAAUACAGAAAAAUGAAAUGAACAAAGUGUUGUCCUAUUUUCACAUACAUUACUUGCAAUUUUCCAUCCUGGACAAAGAGCCCAUUUCUUCAGGGAGAAAAUACAGAAUGUAAACUGACAUCACGUUGUAUGUGACUGCAUUGUGCAUCUCACCUUGCCUGCUGCACAACGUAUUGCAGAGCUGCACCCCCCAACCCUGGAUCUAUAAAAACGCCUUCCCAACUGUCAGAUAAGCCCAAAUACACUUUCAUUUUGGUCUCUUAAUGCAUUGGAGUAAUUAGUAGUAUUUAGAUCUUGUAACCUUUGUAUUUCCUGCUGAUGUUCCUACUUCAUGGGAUAUUUACUAUAAACAGAAAUAAGUCAUAAUCAUACCACCAGAGCCAUUAACAAGGACAAAAUAUACCAAGUAAAG